AUGGAGUGGAGUUUGGGAGUGAAGCUGCUGCUGCCAUUGCUGUGGGCAAUCCACUGCAGACCGGCAGGGGCAGAUGGAGCAAGCGGCUACACAUCGGUCAUCGAGGUGACCAACGGUGGCCCCUGGGGUGACUGGGCCUGGCCUGAGAUGUGUCCUGAUGGAUUCUUUGCUAGCGGCUUCUCGCUCAAGGUAGAGCCCUCCCAAGGCAUUCCCGGUGAUGACACAGCUCUGAAUGGAAUUCGGCUGCACUGUGCUCGUGGGAAUGCAGAGCGCAACACUCAUGUGGUGGAGUCCCAGUCUGGAAGGUGGGGUGCGUGGAGUGAACCUCUGUGGUGUCCUGGAGGUGGCUUCCUUGUGGCAUUCUCGCUCCGGGUGGAGGAACCCAAGACCCCUGGGGACAACACAGCUGCAAACAACCUGCGCUUCCGCUGCUCUGAUAGCACGGAGCUGGAGGGACCUGGUCUGACCUGGGGAGACUUUGGAGACUGGAGCAAGUCAUGCCCCAAAGGAGUGUGUGGCUUGCAGACUAAGGUGGAGCAGCCCAGGGGUCUUCGUGAUGACACCGCGCUGAACGACGUGCGCUUUUUCUGCUGCAGAAGUUGA